UCUAGGAGCGUGGCGCUCUAUUACCACUCACACUAGAAACGGGGGAACGACACGUUCCUUUUUUUCACAUAAUUCGCGUUCCCUGCUCGGUAUACGAUAGACCGAGUCGGUCGAAUCGAGUGGAAAUUGGCGAUAAACGAGAAAGAAGGAACACGAUCGACGCCACAGUGUGUCUCAACGACCAUUUGCGACAGUUCAAACUCGCGGCGUGCGCGGGCAUUCGACGUGCACACGAGGAACACGAGCGUACCUCACGAGAGAAAGAGCGCGACAUUUUUCCUCUUGUUUACUUGUGUGUUGCGGACAGUACGUCCUUGGUGUAUUCGCGGGCAUACCGUUCCCAACUGUGUAACGUUUUACCGAGACUGGAAGACACUGAUUACCGUGCUCGCUCGCAGGCGACCAUUUUAUUUCGAAAGUUUACGGUGGCGUUGCCUGUUACAUCUGUGCGUCCUUGUCCCUGCGUGAUGUACGAACCUUUCGAUCGACCAGCUGAUCGCGAUUCCGGCAGUGUUGUAUCGGCUCGAUGGACUUUAUAGAGGUAACUCGUCCGUUGAGUAUCGUGUACGUGAGCGGAAGGUCGAAUCGUUCGACUACGAGACAGUUUUCGUGCGGGUACCCGGCCCUUUUUUCACUCGCACCCGUCUACGUCGACACCUGCGGUAACCGCGGGAAUUUUAUCACGGCGGUUCGCGGCGCCGCUGCGUGGUGUUGUGCGCGAGCUUAAGGUUCGCGGAUUGUGCGCGGGACAAAGACAGAGCGCGUUGUUGUGUGUACGAGUCCAACUAAAAAGAGACGGUGUGCGAGUGUCGGAAAGAGGCAGAACUAAAACCGAGAACUCUGAGAAAGUUUGUGAGUAAAACGUGCCUCCGAGACGUAUUUACAACAUCUCUCUCGCAAAAUACGUUCUCUCUUUCUUUGUACAACGUAUACGUGUAUGUACAAUUCGUGUUAUCGUUUCGCGGUUGAACCAACGACAAGGACAGCUGCGGGGAUCGAGUAAAAGAAGUGAAACGAAUAAAAGAACAUCGAACUUCGCUUUUGUUUCGCGAGAUUAUUCGUGCUUUCGGGGGUGCGAGUAGAGUGACGCCAAUCAAAAGGAAAAACCUAUAAGCCAAUAGCACGAGCGAGACAGGGAACAACUGCGGAAUAGGGACGGGACGGAAAAGAGACAGAAACACGGUCGCCGCUCCACGAGGAAAAGAAAGACACGCACGUCGGGACUGAAUAUGUCCGCCAAGCGAAAGGCCACUGCCAUCAUGCAGCAUCACAAGGAAAACAUCUCGACCCCGGAGCCAGCCGACAUAUCCGAGGAGGAUCACUACUCGAGCGCGCUCAUGAAAGACGCGGAUAAGCUGAAGCUGAUGCUGCUCGCGUGGAAUUAUAAUCUUCAACAGCAGGCUCAGGCUCAGGCCCAGGCCCAGGCACAGGCCCAGGCCGCCAACGCGGCCCUCUCGCCAAAUAACUCCUCGACAACCACGGCCACCACCGUUGGCACACCUGUAACCAGCCAAUCAGCCAUAUCCACGGCAAACAACACCAUUAACAACUCCACACUUACAGACUCCCGAAACGGGUCAUCAGAGUUGGUGGACAUGCCGGCCGGAACCGUUCCUAAUUUGGGCGCGGUUGCUGGAGUCGGUGGCGAGGACAUGGCAUCCUUGUGGGCAUCCUACGCGAUGGGAUUAAAGAAGACACCGCCGCCAGCGUCCGCGGCGACGCCCUCGCGAUCAGAUCGUGAUCGCGAGUCCAGCCCUCCGGGGGAGGGGACGGGGAGCGCGCACGACGAGACGAGCAGCAGCGGCAAUAAGGAGGACGAGGACGACGACGACGAGGAUGCCGACGAGAGGUUGGACCCCAGACACCACGACCCGGAGCGCCAGAAGGCUUUCAACAUGUUCGUCAGGCUGUUCGUCGACGAGAACUUGGACCGUAUCGUGCCCAUCUCGAAGCAACCGAAGGAGAAGAUACAGGCGAUCAUCGACAGUUGUACCAGGCAAUUUCCAGAGUUUGCGGAGAGGGCCAGGAAGAGGAUCAGAACGUACCUGAAGAGCUGUAGAAGGAACAAGCGUGGCAGGGAGGGCGCACCUUGGGACGCGGCGAGGCCCACUCCGGCGCACUUGACCUCUGUGCAGGCUGAACAGAUUCUGGCAACGGCCUGCGAAAAUGAGAGCGACAACGCGAAACGCAUGAGACUCGGUCUGGAGCCUGUCUCACAACCAAUGCCAACUCUUCCGGCUGCGACGCAAACGGAUGUCCGGUCAAGUUUGGAGCAUUUCUCGAGUACACCGGUGAAAUCACUUCCGGGUAAAAGGGAGGAUACACCACCGGCAUCGCUAACGUCCCUGGCGCCGCUAACCAGUUUGGCGAACUUGCCGAGCAGCACUCUCUCCUCCACACCCCUGUCCCUUGCACCGGCGUCGAAACUGCUCACCCCGGCGGACAAUAAGGGUCUCAUGAGCCAGGCGACGAUAGUCAGCUCGUCGACGGUUAACGGUGUUGCCAGCGGUGGUGCACCAACGGCGAUGUACAGACCUAACUUCAGCCAGGCGUUCCAACGCGCCGGGCCGACCACAGUGCCGCCAACAUUGUCGGCGGGACUCUACCCCACGCAGAGCUUCACGUCAGGUCUAUUGAGCAACGGUACACAAAGGCCGACGGAUUUGAGCAUGAAGAACACGAAACCGCUUCUGAGUCAUAAGUUGAACGCAACGGAAAUGACAGCCGUUAGGCAACUGAUCACCGGAUAUCGAGAAUCAGCAGCAUUUCUUUUGAGGUCCGCCGACGAGCUUGAACAAUUGUUGCUUCAGCAACCAUAGAGUUACGUUUACGUAGGCAGUGGCCAGCAGCUUGGUUCGUAAGUUUUUUUCCUAACGCGUGGACCAAAACGUCGUGCAAUAAGCUGGCACGAGGGCUAAUUUGAUCCACGAAACUUGGAGACUUGAAUGCCUGCAUACGAACGAAGCUUAUCUGAGCGUCGAAAUUACCGACUAUCGGUAACGAGUUUCCAUUAUCGACCACCGAUAAACGCGAUUUCCCGAGACCAAAUUGCCCCGAAGGAAGGAAGGAUCGAAUGCUGCAACUCGACGAAAUUUAUCCCGAAGGAUGUCAGAAACUGGAUUUUCCUAUCGCGCGAGCAAAAAUAAGCUAAGUUUGGAACAAGUUAGCUUCAAUCUUUAGACUGCAACUCCUUGAAUAAAUAUGAAAGAAGAAGAGGAAACUGUUUUCGUGUUAACGAGGCGGGAAUUUCAAAUUUUAUUUAUCGAAGAACAAGAGUUCCAGGCGAUGGGAUCACCAGGGGAUCACGCGGUGUUCUUAGGGCUAGGUUUAAGGGAACUAUUUCAAACAGGGUGUACAUAGAGAGGAUUUACAGAUAUUUACUUAAUUAUCGAUAAGCUUAAGCUUAAGAGAAUACGAGGAUACGAUGUGUGUUAUUGCGUGCAUGUAUAGAAUGCGUGCGAGAGGCUUUGGGACGAAGAGCGACGCGGCGAAAGAAUUUGAUAGAUCGUUGCUCGAAAGUAAAAUGGUGUAUCUUCUUUAGAUUAAUUAUACGCUAGCCACGCGAACGAAUAUCGCGAACGACCGCUUGUACGUUCGAAGUUGCCGCUUCUCUUCGAUCGAUCAAAGCUGCUUCGAACGUCUGUGUCGUGUAUCGAACAUCGCCAUUGUCGUUUACCCGACCCAAGAACAUUGUAUUGAUUGUUAUGUACAUACGGAUGAACGUAAGAAAAAAAAAGGAGCAGAAUUACGCUCCAUAAAUGUGUACGGGAAUGGAGAGAAAAAAAAAAAAAAAGAAAGAAAGAAAAAAGAGUCGGGGAGACGUGAGUUGCCUGAAAACGGGACGGUGAGGAACCCUGUCAUCACGUAUAUAUAUGCGAAUAAGCAGUUUGUACUAUUUAUCAUAGAUCACGGGACAAGAUUCUCCCUUUUUUUUUCGUUACACGAGAAAACGAUCUGACGACUUAUCAUACACGCGAUUCCUGUAUUUUAUUGUGAACAUAGUACUUGAAUUGUACGGAUUGGAUUGAGGAUAGAGAUUUAAUUUGAUAUAUCGAUGAAAAAUAACAAAGAAUCUUUUUUGGGUUUUGUUUUUUGGAAAAAUAUUUUUGAUUUGUAUUUAAUGAUUAAAAUAAUAGUUGAUAAAUAAUACUUAUG